AUGCAGUCACUCUAUCGGCACCUAGGUAUGCCUACCUUGUACAGAGUAGAACCCCUCAUUGCUCUCUCUUUAUUGCUGCUCGUUCUUCCCCAUUCCAAGCUUGGCAGCCAGUCAGACCACAGUGCGUUGAGGCUCAGCGCAAGACAAGCCGAGUGGUCAGGCCCCAGAAUUGGAUCACCAUCUAUCCAUGACCCAUUUCAACAUGCAAGCGCAGCGGUGACUGCUGCAGCUCGUCCUGCUCGCAAGAGGAGAAAAAGGGACAAGGUUUGGUGCCAAUGA